AUGGAGGAAGCUCGCAAUUCUCAUUAUUCCAUGCAUCCAGGAGCCACAAAGAUGUAUCAAGACUUGAAGAAACAUUUCUGGUGGAUGAGGAUAAAGAGAACCAUAUCCAAUUAUGUGGCUCGUCAUUUGAAUUUCCAACAGGUUAAGUAUGAGCAUCAGAAACCUGGAGGAUUAGCUCAGAAUUUGGUUAUUCCUGACUACCAGUCUAGUAUUGAGAUGCCACCUUAUGAGGCUUUGUAUGAUAGACAGUGUCGUUCUCCAGUUGGUUGGUUCGAACCUGAUCAGAAGAUGCUUUUGGGUCCAGAGAUGGUUCAGCAAGCUUUCGACAAGAUAAAGGUAACCCAAGACUGGCUCAAGACAUCUUAG